AUGGAGGAAAAAGGAAACAAUUUUCCUGGUGAGAAGCACGAAGGGGCACGAGACGAUGGCCGAACAAAACCAGUCCCACGCAAAGGCCAUGUGGAAAGCUUUGAACCGGCGGACAAUAAGUGUCUUCUGAGAGCAACUGAUGGAAAGAAGAAAAUCAGCACGGUGGUGAGCUCAAAGGAAGUAAAUAAAUUCCAGAUGGCGUAUUCAAAUUUGCUGAGAGCUAACAUGGAUGGCUUGAAGAAAAAAGACAAGAAAAGCAAAAACAAGAAGAGUAAAGCAACGCAGUGACGGAACACAGUCCUGCCAUCACUGUAACAGACUUUAACCUUGCUCAAAGCAAAGUCCGUUUCUUCUUGAGUUACUACUUGUCUUUUGGCUUUCCUUCCAGCAGGAUAUUGGGAUGUGAUCAGUACUUUUGUUUAAACUGAUAUCAGAAGGUGCUUUCUCUGGAUUGUUCUAUGGCAGGAGUAUUUAUACUGAAAUAGCUUUACGCUCAGUUGCCAGCUAGUUUUGUACUUACACUGCCGUUUGUUUUGUAUUAUACAAGCAGGCAGUGUAAAACCUGUCUGGGGGAUAACACAAGGUGAAGAGAAAUGCACUGUACCAGGAGCAAAGAAAGACUGGAGCAAGAGUCUCGGUGACAGACGCCCGGUUUUAUAGAUAAGCCUCAGUAGUGCUAGGGAAAGUGGGUGCCAACAUAUUAUCAGGAACAGCAGCUUUCCUGUUUCUCUCUUAUUCUGAGGGACAUGUCUACAUGAUGCAGUGCAGAUACCCCAAAGGCAGCCAGCACAGUACCUGAGCUCCUGCAGAGCCAGGCAGCUGUGC